UAAAUAAUUACUACAGUUUCGAAGGAUUUUUUUUAAUGACGUCAGACGAAGAAUAAUGGCUACCAUGAUAGAAGCGUGAAUUGUUGAAACAAAAGGAAAGGAAGAUAGAGAAAAAUGGCACACUUUGUAUAUCCAGCUGCAAAUCCACAGCCAGCAGCAGCAUACCCAGCAGUCCAGACCGCUUAUGUUGCUGCGGCUCCACAAGCAGCUUAUGCCACGGCUGCCCCACGAGCAGGCCAAGCCUAUGACAGUUAUCAAACAGCACAUGCAACACCGCAGUAUGCAUACACAACUAGAACCCAAGUUGCAGUGACACCUGCAGCUACUUAUGAUCAGAAAGCUUACUAUCAACCUGCAGCUGCCGCACAGGCCGCAGUAGCAUACACGGUAGCAGAAACUCAUUAUCAAGCAGCUAACAAGCCCACAUACUCCACAGGAGCAUACCAGUCUACUCAGAGAGCCGUUGUCACCCCCAAAAGCCAUACACCUGUCCAAGCUUCAAGUGCAGCAACAUAUGUGUACCCAGCCAAUACAAGUCAGCCUGUUUCUACGUACAGCACCACAUCAUAUGCGACGAACACCACUGCCAGUGCAACAUACACGGGGAAAGCCAGUACAGGAGCUUCAAAUUACACUGCCUACAAGCAGACAGUUCAGCCAGUAGUAAUAAAAGGUUAUGAUGCAGCACUGUAUUCAGCUGCCACAUCUUACUACCAGCAACAGCAACAGGCUGCUAAGACCACAAGCACCUGGCAGGUAAAGAAAGCAGGGCAGACAGGUAAAGCCAAGCCCAAGAUCCCUCCUAAACAGCCACAGCUCCACUAUUGUGAUGUCUGCAAGAUCAGCUGUGCUGGACCUCAGACCUAUAGAGAACAUUUAGAGGGGCAGAAGCAUAAGAAGAAGGAAGCUGCGAUGAAGGCUGGGACUUCUUCCUCAUCAAGUGGGCGUGGCAGUCAGAAUCAGCUGAGAUGUGAACUUUGUGAUGUCACUUGCACUGGGGCUGAUGCCUAUGCUGCUCAUAUCAGGGGAUCAAAGCACCAGAAGGUGUUGAAGCUACAUACAAGAUUAGGAAAACCUAUUCCUUCCACGGAUCCAGUAGUUGUCUCCCCUGCUGCCAGUGGAACUUCAUCUGUAGCUAAAACUGCCAGCAAUACAGCCACAUCUACUGCUAGUGUUACAAAGCCAGCUGUUAAAUCCAACAUAACUCCCAUAGCUACCACCAAAAAAGUCCUAUCAACACCCAAGAUUACAUUCAUAGGUGGUACGCAGCUUAAAACACUGGAUGUGAAAACAGUGGAGGUGAAGGUGGAACCACCUUCUACCAAGUCUGGAGACAGUUUAAAUACCUCCACCACAUCCAUCUCUAGUAAUGAUGACAAAGAUGAAGAUGGGGAUUCACUCAAUAUUUUAGGGGAAAAGGAUGUUACUCCUGUUGGACAUGAGUACAUAGAAGAAGUUCGAAAUGAACAGGGCAAGACUGUUAGUUUCAACUGUAAACUCUGUGAGUGCAAGUUCAAUGAUCCAAAUGCAAAAGAAAUGCACAUGAAAGGAAGAAGACAUAGAUUACAAUACAAAAAAAAAGUAGAUCCCAGUUUACAAGUGGAGGUGAAGCCCAGUAUUCGAGCUCGAAAAAUUCAGGAAGAGAAGGUCCGUAGGCAAGCCCAGAAGGAAGAGUUUUGGCGCAGGAGAGAACAAGAGCAAAGAUGGAGAGAAGAAAUGCGAAUGGAAGAGGAGAUGUAUUGGGAGGAGAGAAGACGGUACGAGGAACUGGAGUACUACGAGUGGCAGAGACAAGGUCGACCAGGCAUGCCUCCCCCACGCCCUUUUGCUCAUGGACCUGGGGGACCUAUGGGAAUAAGAAGACCAGAUUCCUCUGAUGAUCGUCAUGUAAUGGCUAAGCAUGCUAGCAUUUAUCCUAAUGAGGCAGAGCUCCAAGCAGUGCAGAACAUUGUGUCUCUGUGUGAAAAGGCCCUGAAGAAUGUUUCGGACUUCUUGGCAGAAAGUGACUCACCAAAGUCGAUGGAUGUAGACAAAAUCAAAAAGGAGGACAAAGGAAUCAAAAAAGAGAAGGAGGAGCCAAAAGAAGGAGAAAAGAAGGAAGAAGCAGCUGUUCCAAGGGUUCUGAAGGGGGUGAUGAGGGUAGGAGUACUGGCCAAAGGUUUGCUGCUGCAUGGGGACUUGAAUGUCAACCUUGUGGUUCUUUGCUCAGAGAAGCCUACCAGAACUUUGCUUGAGAGGGUUGCAGAUGCCCUUCCAAAACAGAUAGCUGCUAUCACUGAAGAAAAGUAUGAGGUUAAACGCUGUGUGGAGGAGGCUGCCAUUAUUGUCUCGAGUGAAAGUGACCCCAAAACAUCCUGUUCUGUGACCUUGACCUCACCAAUUAUGAGGGAGACUCAGCUUGCUGAUGGAGAGACAUCCACUGUCACGGUUAAAGAUCCACCGGAUGUAUUGGACAGGCAGAAAUGCCUGGAUGCCCUUGCCGCUCUUCGACAUGCUAAAUGGUUCCAGGCUAGAGCCAAUGGACUACAAUCCUGUGUUGUAGUCAUCCGGAUUCUACGGGACCUGUGUCAGAGAGUUCCCACUUGGACUCCACUCAAUGAAUGGGCAAUGGAGUUGUUGGUAGAGAAGUGUGUGAGCAGUGGAGGAGCUAACAUGAGUCCUGGUGAUGCUUUGAGACGAGUGUUCGAAAGCAUAUCCUCAGGUCUCCUGCUUCCAGGAGGGCCAGGACUCUACGAUCCAUGUGAAAAAGAUUCUGUAGAUGCUGCUUCAUCACUGACCAAUCAGGAGAGAGAAGACAUCACAGCUUCAGCACAGCAUGCUCUGAGGCUGAUAGCAUUCAGGCAAAUCCAUAAAGUCCUGGGAAUGGAUCCAUUACCAACACCCAAGCAUUUACGACAACGAAUGAAUCCACGCAAGCGGCGAAGAACAGAUAGUGCACCAGGGGAAGGAGAAGGAGAAGUUACAGGUGAAAAGAAGGACAAGAAGGAAGACGAUGUUGACAUGUCAGAUGGAAAGUAGAAAUCUCUGCCAGAGGAGAGAAGAAGAUAAAUAAAAUGUGUCAAUUUUUCUGUAGUUUCACUAUUUUGUGUUGUAUAAUUAGCAAUUCAAGUUAUUUUCCUUUCACUUGUAAAUCCUGUAUGUACAUGUGUAUAUUGAGGUGUAUUUUCUAUAAAAUUAUUCUUUGACUGUUUUGUGCAAGGCUUUUGAUUGGCUCUAAAAGUAUGUCAAUUUUAAAGCAUGCAAAACUAGCUUUUGCCAUGAUUUGGGUUUUGAAAUUCUUAGACUUGCAGCUACAUGUAGAACAUGGUUUCAAAUUAUGUAUGUAUGUGAACUUGUGUUUAGUAUGAUACAAAGAGAAUGUCAAUUUUAAAAUUUUCCCAAUAGCACAUUUAUUUUAUGCCUUCUUUGAAGUGUUUAUAUUGUAAUUUCAUUAUGAAUAUUUGUCAGAUAACAUUUGUUACUCUAAAACAAACUUUUACUAUAUUCCCAUUUUAAAUGUGACUUCCAUGUGUGAGAGGACAUCAGACAAUCGGCUAUUUUCACUGAUACUUCAAAGGAAUAAAGCUUUGGUUUCAAUAUUAUAAUGAUAAAACAUAUUUUGUCACAAUAAAGAAUUUUUAGAUAUA